AUGGCUUUAUCCAAGAGAACAUCUCAAAUGGAUGAAUCCAUCAACUCAACGUUUGCAUCUCGAUAUGUUCAAACUUCUCUUCCCAAGUUUAAAAUGUCGGAGAAUUCAAUUCCUAAGGAAGCGGCGUAUCAGAUCAUCAACGAUGAGCUUAUGUUGGAUGGAAAUCCUAGACUUAAUCUCGCAUCCUUCGUGACCACAUGGAUGGAACCAGAGUGUGACAAACUUAUAAUGGCUUCCAUUAACAAAAACUAUGUGGACAUGGAUGAAUACCCCGUCACUACUGAAUUACAGAAUCGAUGCGUUAACAUGAUCGCACAUCUUUUUAAUGCACCAUUUGGAGAUGGAGAGACAGCAGUUGGAGUUGGAACUGUAGGAUCAUCAGAAGCCAUCAUGCUUGCUGGUUUGGCGUUCAAGAGAAAAUGGCAGAACAAGAUGAAAGCCGCGGGAAAACCCUACGAUAAACCCAACAUUGUCACUGGUGCUAACGUUCAGGUAUGUUGGGAGAAAUUUGCAAGGUAUUUUGAAGUGGAGUUGAAGGAGGUCAAAUUGAGAGAUGGUUACUAUGUGAUGGACCCUGAGAAAGCAGUAGAAAUGGUAGAUGAGAACACAAUCUGUGUAGCUGCUAUUCUUGGUUCCACUCUCAAUGGAGAAUUUGAAGAUGUCAAGCGCUUGAACGAUCUUUUGACUGAAAAGAACAAAACAACGGGAUGGGAUACACAUAUUCAUGUGGAUGCAGCAAGUGGUGGCUUUAUUGCACCAUUCCUUUACCCAGAACUUGAAUGGGAUUUCAGGUUGCCACUGGUGAAAAGUAUUAAUGUAAGUGGGCACAAGUAUGGACUUGUGUAUGCAGGAAUUGGCUGGGUCAUUUGGAGGAGCAAAGAUGACUUACCUGAUGAACUCAUUUUUCAUAUCAACUAUCUUGGAACUGAUCAACCUACUUUCACACUCAACUUUUCUAAAGGUUCUAGUCAAGUAAUUGCACAGUAUUAUCAGUUUAUUCGCUUAGGUCAUGAGGGAUACAAGAACAUAAUGGAAAACUGUCAAGGAAAUGCUACGGUACUUAAAGAAGGACUAGAAAAGACUGGACGCUUUAACAUUGUAUCAAAAGACAAAGGUGUUCCACUCGUAGCAUUUUCUUUGAAAGACAGCAGCCGCCAUUCCGAGUUUGAGGUGUCCGACUUACUCCGUCGCUUCGGGUGGAUCGUGCCGGCGUAUACCAUGCCGCCCGAUGCACAACAUGUCACCGUUCUUCGUGUUGUUAUACGGGAAGAUUUCUCUAGAACUCUGGCGGAGCGACUUGUAGGAGACAUCGAGAAAGUGUUGCACGAGCUCGAUAAUCUACCCGCCCGGGUUCGUAUGAAGUUGGCAGGCAGUGAGGAGACUGCCGGGAGUGAUGACACUGUCGUGAACAAAAUUGAUAUUGAGGAGCAGAGGAAGAUUACUACUGCUUGGAAAAAAUUUGUCGCUGAUAGAAAGAAAACCAACGGCGUCUGCUAA